CAUAUUUUGUUGUUGUUUUGGCGUUUAGCGUCGUCUAAACGACGACUACCACGCUGUUCAGCUUUUUCAGUUUAGUGGCUCUGCACUCUGUAGUCGUUAUUUGAACUGAAGUCGUUUUGAAUCUUACAUGCUGAGCGCUGGAGCUGCGGCACACAGCGCACAGUUUGAUGUGUGUGGGUGCAUAGAAUAAAGAAAACUAUGGUUUGGGUGUGUUCGGUGAACGGAAAUUUUGGAUGAGCAGUAAUUAUUACACAUUUACACUGCUAAUUGUACCAACAUUGCAACAAUCAGUGUUCGACCGAAGUUCGUGCUCGAAGUCUCGAAAUGAUCGAGUUGUCGUCGCCGCCAAAAGUGUUGUGAGAUCGAUAAAACAUCUUAGCGAAUAACGAUAAAACUCGUCCGGUCGCACUAUGCGGCUGACCAAGCAGUCGGUCACUCUACUAUACCUGUCGUCGUGCACAAUUUUCGCUAAUUUGCUAUUCCUCUAUGGGUUCUUUUCGUUUGGCUACAACGACAGCCAUACGUCCACACCAAACGAUAUCCCGUCGACUAUAUGGCCGAACCAAAACAACUCGGAGCCUUGGCGUUUUGACAAUCGACGCUUGUAUCACAAGUCUGUGAACAAAGUUGUGUUGAUGGUAAUAGAUGGUAUUCGUUAUGAUUUUUUCACGGAAUCUGAAUAUAAUGUAAAUAUGCCAUUUUCUACUGAUCUUAUAAAGCAAAACCGGAGUUGUUUAUUCCGCACCAGAGUGAAUGCUCCUACAGUUACAAUGCCACGUAUAAAAGCCUUAACUACAGGUACAGUGCCAAAUUUUAUAGAUCUCGUGUUAAACCUGGAUAGUUCAGCUGUGCAACAAGACAGUAUUAUUUACCAAGCCUCUGCAGCUAAUAAACAAGUUAUAUUUUAUGGGGAUGAAACAUGGUUAAAAUUAUUUCCAAAUUCAUUUGUCAGACACGAUGGAACUACAUCUUUUUACAUAUCUGAUUACACUGAAGUUGAUAACAAUGUCACUCGUCAUCUAGAAAAUGAAUUAAAACCAACAGCCGAUUGGGACAUCAUGAUACUUCAUUAUUUAGGUCUUGAUCAUAUUGGACAUACAGGUGGACCUCGAAGUAAAUUGAUGCCAAAUAAAUUGUCUGAGAUGGAUAAUAUUAUUCGGCGUAUUGUAAAUUAUAUGGAUUCUGAAAAAUCUGAAUUGCCAUCCGUUUUAAUUGUUUGUGGUGAUCAUGGAAUGCGUGACAAUGGUGGCCAUGGUGGAUCCUCAACUGGUGAAGUGGUGGUUCCUUUAUUUGUUUAUUUUAAAAAUAAGAAAUGUGGUGGAUCCAUAAAAGAAGAAAUAAUGCAAACAGACUUUGUGCCAUCAAUUUCUGUAAUUAUGGGAUUACCAAUACCUUCAAGCAGUACGGGAAAGCUUAUAAAUAAAUUUUUGCAAAAUCUUAAUAUCAAUGAAAUUCUCUUUGCAUAUCAUUAUAACUCUCAGCAAAUGUAUACAAAUUAUAUUUCAAAAAAAGGAUUAAUGAAUAAAGCAUUUAUGAAAGAUUAUGAUGAUGCCAUUCUGUAUUAUUAUGAUUGGUUGAAAAGAGAAACUGCAUCAAUCAGUCAGGCACACCGUGUUAUUUUGUUGUAUGAAUCUGCACUGAGUGGUAUGAGUAACUUUAUAAUUGGAUCAAUAGCUAAAUUUGACGUGUUCCUCAUAAUUGUCUCAAUUGUAUUAUCUAUACAGGUGUGGUUGUUGCUCGUAGACUUUGACGCUGUAAAUAUCCAGUUUAUUAAAGUCAGCCGUUUGGUAUUCUUAAUGCUAAUUCGUUGGGCUGUUUGUGUAUGGUUACAAUGUGACAGUGUACUUUGCGAAUUCACGGCCACAUUUAAUUUAUUGGCGAGUGUUAUAAUCACAAUGUUUAUUAUAAACCUUGGUAGUUUUGGUUGGCCAAUUUCUACAUUAAUUAGAUUAGAGAUUCGCGAUUUCAAUAAUAAUAACUUAUUUUAUGUCUUGCCGGGCUUAUUCAUACAUGUAUUAAGCCUAUUUUCAUCAAGUUAUAUCGAAGAAGAGCAUCAAUUGUUGUAUCAUCUUUGGGCUGGAUUUUCUGCUAUUCAAGUAUACAAAACUUUUAUUUUGCAUAGUUAUACAACAACUGCUAAGUGGAUAGUAUCUAUGAUUUUGCAUCGAAUUUGUAAAAAUUUGAAUACUAUUGGUAAUCAAUCGUCAGGUGUUUAUAGUUUAGGAGAUUGGUUUCGUGAGUCCCAAAAUCAAAUUUAUUUGACUAUUCUAUUGGUUAUUGGUCUCUGCUGUAUAUUCUAUGCUAGUAUCAACAUUCACCGAGUCAUUAAAAACAAUAAGCGUUUCAAUAUAUUAAGUGCAAUUAUUUUUAUUUUAUACUUUUGGACUUUAUGCAGUGUUUAUAUGUAUAGGGUUGAAACUAAAGAAGUUGCUGUACCAUAUGGAUAUAAUAUAUUAAAGUUAAUAUUUUGUUUGCAUUCGUGGACCAUUGCAUGGUAUUUAUUAAUUGGAUGCCACACUUUUUUAGUCAUCAAACAAACUAAUCGAAAUAACAACAAGUUUAACAGUGCUGUUUGUUCAAUAAUAGUCUUGUUAAUGCUACGUUUGUCAUUAUUACUAAGACCUCAUAAUAUUUUGGUACCAGCUGUCUUAGUGUAUACUUGUAAACUCCUUCAAUUUAAAAGCUGGAAUACUUUGACCACAACUAUACUUCAUUAUUGGCUGUCGUUGAUGUUCUUUUUCUAUCAGGGUAAUUCAAACAGUGUUGGAACAUUAGACAUAGUGCCUGGGUACAUUGGUCAAACCAGUUAUGAUCCUGUUGUUGCAGGAAUCCAUAUUUUUACUCAUACGUAUGGUUUACCAAUGUUGGUUUACUUAUUCCUUGUUUUCGAUCAAAAGUUUUCAGGACUUCAAACACUUUGUAUGCUUAACGUCACUCAAUCGUGUGUAUACAACCUUGUUAUUUUAUUAUUUCGUAAUCAUUUAUUCAUAUGGUCAGUGUUUUCUCCAAAACUUUUGUAUAUUGUUAUGUUUACAUCUACAACAUAUGUUUUUUCUGCUCUAAUGAUUAUUCUAUUAACUUUAUGUAGAACUUCUACUAAAAAAGAAUUAGAAAUUUAAAUUUUUGCAUUUUGUGGGUAACAUUUUUAUUUUAUUGUUUAUAACUUUGUAUUAUUCUUGAUUGAUGGCUCAAUAUGCUAAUUACAAAUUAUUUUUAUAUUAAUUUAUACAAUUUUAUGGGUUAUAACUUAUAUUAAUAAGCAUUGUGUAUUUAAAUUGUAAGACUAUACUAUUAAUAUUUUAUUAUAAAUUACUUUUUAUACGACUUAUCUUAUUGAUAAGUCUUACUUCUCUAAUUAAAUUAUUUCUCUGUCAAAGAUUAUUAGUACAUAUGAUUAUUAUAAUUAUUUAUUAAUAAUUUUUAAACUUAUUAUAAACAUGUUAAGGGCUUUUGAGCCGGUGUGUUUUUUAGUAAAAAAAAAUGUUUUACAAGAAAACUCACGCCCUAGAAUACCUAGUCGGGUUUCGUUAUUUUAUUAGAUUCUGAGCGAAGCGAUGAAUGUAUUGAUUUUACAAUGAUGUGUGUUUUCUUUUAAUUUUUUUUUUUGUGUCUGUCAUCACCUUUUAGGACAGUAAAAGUGCUUGGAUUUUCUUCAACAGUAACUUUUCUAAUAGAAAAGUGAAUCUAGUUGGUACUUUUGGGGGGGGGGGGGGGGGGGGGGG